AUGGAACUAUCGACAGAUGAACAGAUUGUUAAGGUCACACAGCUCUUCCGCAAUUUGCGUCGUCAACGGUCUCGACCAAGCGCAAACAGCGCUUCCAGUGCGGGGCUUUCAUCCUUGACACCAUCAUUCAUAUCAAGGCCUAGUACAGAAAUUGUAGAUCAUGUCAGUCCAAACGAUGUCUUAUUUGGGCCAUGGCUCACUCGUCCAGGUAAUCGACAGCUACGAGAGCUUGUUAUUGCGUUAUCAGAUGAGUACAACCACACCGACCGCGGCGAAAAAAAGAAUACAGUGUCGCAAUUGGUGGAACGCAUACAAAGGAGUGGAGCUCGCUUCCUGAAGCCCUCCACAGAGCAUGAUGGAAAAUGGGAGGUGGUAUCCAAUAAAGAGUGCGCCCAGGGAUAUGACGAGAAAAGAUGGUACUCCUGGCGGACGCAUUGGUAG